GUGAUUUCACUUUGUUCGGAGCAUCGUUUCUUUUUAAUGAACUUGGAACCUCUCUUCACCUUUGUACACACUCUUGUUAAAAACACUGUGUCAGGAGCUAGAGGAUCACAUCAACGGACCGAACAGAACUGUACAGACCAUGGCUUCUGCUGUCAAUCCGGAUUUGGAGAGAGAGAGAAAGAGGGCCACUUUUGACCGGGAGACUCUCACAAAUUUCUUAUAUGGAGGGGCUCAAAAAAAGCAAAGAAGGCGUUACUUAAAAAAUGCUGUGUUCAGUGACCCAGAAUACCAGGCGAUGAAAUCCCGGGUCUUCUGUAGUCGGGAAGAGCUGUAUGCCCUCCAUUUGCAGAAAUACAGCAUAUUCAGGCGGAUACAGGAAAAUCUUAACAUUACAGACCAGGAAGAAUGUUUUAUUAUCAGACAAGCUAUUGGGCCCAAUGAAUACUAUGCCAUCGGUGUCCAUGGUUUCAUGUUUAUCCCUACCAUACAGAAACUUGGCACAGAAGAACAGAAAAGAAAAUGGCUGCCAUUAGCAGAGAACCUCACAAUUAUCGGAACGUACGCCCAAACAGAACUUGGUCACGGUACCUUUAUAAGAGGUUUGGAGACAACUGCGACCUAUGAUCCCAAGACCCAAGAAUUUGUAUUGAACUCACCAACCAUUACUUCCAUGAAAUACUGGCCGGCCAACUUGGGGAAGACUUCCAACUAUUGUGUGAUAAUGGCAGUACUGAACACACAAGGAAAAAAUCAUGGCCUCCAUUCCUUCAUGGUACCCCUCAGGGACCUGAAAACUCACAAGUCGCUACCAGGAGUUGAAGUGGGUGACCUUGGACCAAAGUUCGGCUUUAAUGAAAACGAUAAUGGUUUCCUUAGACUGCACCAUGUGAGGAUUCCUCGGGACCAUAUGCUCAUGAGAUAUGCUAAGGUAGCGGAGGACGGGGCCUUUACCGUCUCCACAAAUGAGGGAUCUCGUCUGACAUACGGUACGAUGUUGUUUGUACGUGCGAUGAUCGUGUCAGGAACUUCCACCGUCUUGGGUAUGGCGUGUACCGUAGCAACUAGAUACUCCGCAGUGAGGAGACAGACAGAGGUGUCACCAGGUGGGCCAGAAGCACAGAUUAUGGACUACCAAACCCAGCAGUACAAAUUGUUUCCCCUGAUAGCGACGGCCUAUGCCUUCCGUUUUACUGGGCAUAGUAUAUUUAAUUACUACACAACUAUCAAUGCCAAUAUAGAGAAGGGAAACCUGGAAGACCUUCCUCAGCUUCAUGCACUGGCUGCUGGGCUUAAGGCCUUCUGUACAUCAGUGGCUGCAGAUGGUGUGGAGAUUUGUCGCCUUGCAUGUGGCGGUCAUGGUUAUUCACAUGCCAGCGGCCUUCCGUGGAUGUAUACCAAGGCAACAGUUGAAUGUACAUAUGAGGGGGAAAACACAGUCAUGUUCCUUCAGACAGCUAGGUACCUGGUGAAGUGCUACAAUCAGAUGAAAAUGAAGAAGAGUCUCCCAAGCUCUUUUGCUUACAUCACAGACAAUCUGAGCGGCAAGUCUGACCUUGACAACAAGCUCAAUUUUGAUAGUAUCAUAGAGGCCUACGAACACAGAGCAGCAAGACUAAUCAAGGCAGCCGCACUAAACAUAACUUUCUGGAUGAAGGCGGGAAAUAAGGUGUGGGAUUCCACCAACAAGAGCUCUAUACAGAUGGUGUGGGCCGCUAAGGCAAGCUGUCAUCUGUUUGUGGUGAAGACCUUCAUCAAUCUUGUGACCUCUGCAAACCUUGACCCCAAGGUCAGGACAGCUCUGACAACCUUAUGCAGACUGUAUGCUGUCAAUGGAAUGAUAGAGAACAUGGGACAGUUUUCUCAAGACGGGUUCCUCAACGAGACCCAGAUCAACAUGUUGAACGGACGGUUGUCUGCUUUAUUGGAGGAGGUGAGGGCGAAUGCCGUCGCCUUUGUUGAUGCCUUUGAGUACCACGACAACGAGUUACACAGUUGUCUCGGACGAUACGACGGACAGGUGUACGAAGCCUUGUACAAGUACGCCAAGUCGUCUCCCCUUAAUGACACAGAUGUACAUAGUUCCUUCCAUAAGUACCUCGCACCAUUGAAGAAGGAAAGCAAAUUGUAGACCAGUGCAUCGAACAUUCAAGUGUGUGCUUUACACUUUAGUCUGUAAUAGACAAAACAUUACACGAGAGUGGUCUCUCCUUGCUUUACUCAAGCAUCAUGUAUACAAUUAAAACUGAAACGAUAAUGGAAUAAUAUUCCUGUGGAGGACCAAGCAUUGACUUAAAGGAACAAUUAGUAAUAUUAGGUGUUAUUUUCAUAAUUAUUAAAAAUAAAAUUUAAAAUAUAACUGCUUAGAUUUAAAAUGAACAAAAAUAGGUGAUUUAACUCAUUCUUUUGCAGUUUUCCUGGAAAUACAUAAUUUGAGAAUUUAACAUUAAUUGUCAACAAGAUAAUUACAAUGAUACACUUUCCCCCCAGAAGAGCAAGAGUUUAAAUUCAUAAGAUGAAAAUAAUUAAUAUCAUGUAUACCACAGUAUUUCUUAUUUGAACAUGCAACUGAAGGGGAUAUUUCAUUUUAAAUAUUUCCUGAAAUUUUAAUUGUGCUAUUUGAAGUUUCUGUACAUUGUUUUGUUGUAUAAAUUGUGUGUACACCUAUUCAUCAUAACACUAAUCUGUUUAGACAGCAUGAUUGUGCUAAAAUUUGUGAGCAUUAGACAGAUUUUAUAUUUUCAGUUAUUCAAAAUUGUAAUGAUAUUUAUUUACAGCAUUAGUGUUAUUACAUGGAAACGACUUAUUAAAAUAGAAUUUUGAAAAAAACCCACUAAAAUCAGGACGGGAUAAGAUGAUUUUAUAUUUCAAAUAAUUUAGAUACAGUUUUUUGUAUACAUUGCCAUGUUUUCAUUGUAAUUUUGUUAAAACUAGGCUGCAGUCGUUUAUCGCAAUCCAAACGGUUGAACCUUUUGGACCAGAGUUGUUAUUGUAUGAAAUAAGGUCGGACCUAGUGAUCUGAUGCUGCUUUCAGGAGAGCCUUGACAAAGCCUUGCAAGUUUUGCAUACACUUCUGUAGGUCUGCCAGGACUUAAUGUAUAACAUGAAAUGUUCGUUGUAUAUAAACAUUUGUGGUUUUCGUGGUUGUAAUUGAACCACUAAAAUAAAAACAACGAAUUGGAAUUAUAUACGUGUCUACUGUUUAUUAAUAAAGGAUAUCCGUGAAAGUUUGUACCACGAAACAAUCUUAAUGGCUUCAAACCAUGAAGAAAAGCACCAACGAACAUUUCGUGUUAUACAGUAUAUACCCCAAAAAUGUUACAUUUAAAAAAAGACAAACUGUUUGAACCAGGUUUGCAAAAGAGGCUCUAGGCUAUGAUCAACAUUCUGCAGUAAAACCUUAAUGUAAUGCGCCUUUGUUUGAUUUGUCACCUCUCCUAGCGCUCCAACAUACUGUAUACCGGAAAAUGUUCACCUUGCCAAACUUUAGCCCUUCACUUGUAAAAUCCAUAUUCACCCAAUGUUUAUUUUGCCCUUUAUAUUCAGUGAUGUAAUCAUUUAUGUUGAUUACUAAUAUACCUUGAAAUGAUUCAUUUGCCCUCGUUACAGAGGGCGAAAUUAAGGUUGAAAAUUACUAUAUAGUGCUUUGAAUUUGCAGGGUCAACAUUUCGCAGUUUCGUAUUCAGUACAUAUUUGCAGAGGAUAAAUUUCGCUGUGCACCCGAAUCCAAUGUGUUGUGCAAAGUAUUUUUUGAGUGUCAUUAUUUGAGGGUUAAACCUUGAAAUACAGGUAAACCGUUUGAAAACACUGAUCUCGAGUGUCGUCCUCCGCCAGUGACUUCACUCGAAAGAAAAUC